AUGCUCCGAGAAGGGCUCUUCACGUUACACGAAGAUUUCUUGGGACAAUCUUACACUGGGGAAUACGGCGACUCUGAAAUGUUGAGACUUGAAGGAAAAGUCGUUCUCAUCACAGGAUUGGGACAGAGCGAACCACGAGGCUGGGGAAUUGGUGCUGCGACGGCUGUUCUAUUUGCUCGGCAAGGAGCCAAAAUAUUUGGUGGAAAUCGCACGCUCUCUUCAACAAUCACAACAAAGAAAGCCAUUGAAGAUGAAGGCGGUGUUUGCGAUGUCCUACAAACUGAUGUCACUUCAACAGCAUCCGUUAAGGCAUUAGUCGACGCCUGUAUGUUGAAGCACGGCCGAAUCGAUAUCCUAAUCAACAAUGUCGGCCGCUCAGAACCUGGAUGUCCAGCAACGAUGUCAGAAGAAAUUUGGGACGCUCAAAUAGACAUAAAUCUCAAGAGUGUUUAUUUGACAUGUCAUUAUGUGCUACCAAUCAUGGAAGCGCAAGGAUCUGGAGCAGUUAUCAGUGUUGCGAGUAUUGCUGGCCUCCGGUACAUCGGCAAACCUCAAGUUGGAUAUUCGGCGACAAAGGCGGCAAUCAUGCAAUUCAUGAAAGCUACUGCGGUUAUUUACGCAUCCAGGGGCGUGAGGCUCAAUACGGUCGUUCCGGGUCUUAUGGACACGCCUUACACGAAAGGCCUAGUCGCUAGAUAUUCAAAAGGAAAGGGUGGUGACCAAGAGAGCUUACAAGUAGAGUACAUGGCCGUGAGGAAUGAACAAGUCCCGAUGGGGAGGAUGGGUGAUGCUUGGGAUGUUGCUAAUGCUGCUCUAUUUUUGGCUUCUGAUGAAGCCAAGUAUAUAACUGGCCAAAAGAUUGUCGUUGAUGGAGGAAUCGUGAAAUGA